UUUUGGGCUACCGUCGUUGAUCACGUGACCAUACGUCACAUCUGCCCCUGCUGCUUAGCGGUGGUACUAGAAUAUCAGUGUCUGCUUUUGUGUUUUUUCACUUGAAUAAAACUCCAAGAAUGGAGAUCGGGACAGAGAUCAGCAAGAAAAUCAGAGCUGCUAUCAAGGGCAAGCUUCAGGAACUCGGUGCAUAUAUUGACGAAGAGCUACCUGACUAUAUCAUGGUGAUGGUUGCAAACAAGAAAACCUCCCAACAGAUGGCUGAUGAUCUCUCUCUUUUUCUUGGAAACAACACGAUCAAAUUCACAGCCUGGCUACAAGGUGUCCUUGAGAAGUUAAGAACUGUUGCAGUUGAGCCUGCAUCCCUCAGACAUCAGCUCCAGUCUGACAGCGGUGCUGUGGCUGGGAGGAGUAGAUCGUCUGUAAGUGAUGACAGCAGAGCAGAGGAGCUGAAGUUCCUGACUGUUUCCAGCUCACGCUCUGAUCGGACUGAUGCACGCGUGUCCAGUUCUGCCCAUGAGAGCAGAAGGGGAAACUUGGAGAAGAGUUCUUCUCGUCUUACCUCCACUGUGAAGCCCCUCAUGGAGCUGCUCCCCUCUGAAGCUGUGAUUGACAUCAAACCGGAGAUGGAUGAUGACCUCAUAGCAGAAGAGCCAGUAGAGAUAGCCACCAACCAAGGCAGAACACGUGGUGCAGCUAGUAGACCCACAGCUGAAAUCUACAGACCUGGUCAAAGCAAGUUUAUGUCAGAGAGCUCUGGGGGCACGUAUCGACAUAACGAAGGAUCCUCUCACGCCAGGCAGCAGGACGCCAGAGGCAGCAGAACCUCCAGGACUGGAUCCAGUAAGGAGGAGCUGUCACGGAAGCGUAAGGCGCCGGUAGCAAGUUCAGUGGUGCGAGUGAACCGAGCAGCAGACGAGGAGAGCGAUGACGAUGCAGAAGAAGAGGAUUCAGGCUACGGAGGGAGAGGCCUGUCAAGCAGAGUGUCCCUACCCUCCAAACCAGAACGCAAACCUACUCUCCCUCCAGCAAAGCAAGCUAACAGGAACCUGAUACUGAAGGCCAUCUCUGAGGCUCAGGACUCCAUCACCAAAACUACAGCCUUCCCCACGAGUAUGAAACCUGUUUCACUCAAAUUUGUACCACAGAGGCAGACCGUUCCUGUGGCCCCUCGUACUCGCCUGGCCAGCACUGAGGAGAUGACUGCAGCCAUCCAGCUAGUCCAGGAGCACCUCCACAGCCUGGCCCCUAGGGUUCAGACCUACCCCUCCACAGAGCUGCCUUCAAGCAGACCACCUGCUCCAGCGAGAUCUUUAGCAUCACGCCUUCAGUUGGACUUACCAGAGAGCAAUGUUGGAGGAGAACAGAGUGAAUAUGGUGUUGAAGUUGCUGCAGGUAGUGAAACAAAGCCCUUUGAUACCCGCUCCUUCAUAGUGAGUCAGCCACAACUGCAACAACCUGAAGCCAGAAGCCAGCAGCGUCUUCUGGUCAGAGAGGAUGUCCAGUCUGCCUUACCACGCACUGUCCAGGCCAGUAAGGAUAUUGGAGACUCAGCCAGCCCAAAGUUCAUAGUGACUUUAGACGGGGUGCCGAGCCCGAUGGGGACUUUUGCAGAUUGCGAGAUGGACAUGGAUGAAGUGAGACCACCUACAAAGAUCACAGAGGGGGCCGUCAACAUGAACAGGGAGCCCAAAGUCAGCGUCCUUCACAGACUACAGGGAGGAUUCACAUCAGCAGAAGAUGAUGUGAUGGAUGUUGACAUGGGAGACGAUGAUGCCGUCCCUUCAAAGAAACAGAAGGUCGUGGAGCGCUGCAAGUUCUGGCCGGUCUGUAAGAGUGGAGACGAAUGUUUGUAUCAUCACCCGACAGCACAGUGCAAGACUUUUCCCAGUUGCAAGUUUGGGGAUAAAUGCCUUUUUGUCCAUCCUAAUUGUAAAUACGAUGCCAGGUGCACCAAGCCAGACUGUCCCUUCACGCAUGUCAGCCGCAGAAGCACAGCUGGUCCUCCUCAAAGGCCAGCAGUGCAGCCAGCGCAAACCACAACCGUGUGCCGCUUCUUCCCAGAAUGCAAAAAGAUGGACUGUCCUUUUUAUCAUCCCAAGCCUUGUCGCUUUGCGGGGCAGUGUAAACGAGCCGGGUGCACCUUCUACCACCCGAACAUAUCUGUGCCACCGAGACACGCUCUAAAGUGGACGAAAGCGCAGAGCAGCUAAUGAAGUCCUGACAGCAGUCUGAUGAAGUCAUCAUGUGAAGCUUUGAAGAUGUUCUGUCAUCAAAAUGCCAUUUCAUAUUUCAUUGUUUGUUUUAAUGUUCAGUUCCAGAAAGGAUUUUUAAGAAAAGUGUUUUUUAAGUUAAACAGUUGUGUUUUUGUUGGUGCUCUGAGAAUAUUAAAACUGAAAUAUAAAAUGCUUCACAAUGAAUUUC